CACCCUUGCAAUCGUUUGUCAAGCAAUUAACCGUUAAGAGGUCUAUAGGCUAGGAAGGAAUGAACCGGGUUUGAAUGCAACACAGGUCAGGUAUGUUCGAGGAAGAACUACUAUCGGGAACACAAUACCAGAUUAAUUCCACUAUAUCUUCAGGCUUGGCUAUGUAAUUCGGAAGCAGGUGGGUGAGUUUGCGAUGGAUAUAAGAUACGUUAAGACUGUGCCUGCCAGUUAACCACAUCUUGUCCUCCUGUCGCCGCACGUCAAAUAGCCAGUCCAUAUUCAAUCCCAAGAUGAGAUUCCUAGCUAGUCUGCUGCUCACGGUAGCAGCUGUUCAAGCUCAUUACACCUUCCCCAAACUCGUCGUCAACGGCAAGGCCGAAGAAAAAGACUGGUCCGUCACGCGCAUGACCAAGAACGCCAACAGCAAACAAGGCGUCGAAAACCCUACCAGUGCAGACAUUCGUUGCUACACGACCCAAGACGCAGGCUCAGUAACUGAAGUUCCUGCGGGUGCCACGGUGCAUUAUAUCUCCACGCAGCAGAUCAAUCACCCCGGACCGACACAGUAUUAUCUUGCGAAAGUCCCUUCUGGUAGCUCGGCAGCAAAAUGGGAUGGAUCUGGUGCGGUGUGGUUUAAGAUUAGUACGACGAUGCCAUUCAUGGAUAAGAAUAAACAGAUGACUUGGCCGGGGCAGAACGAUUAUAUAACUACCAACGCCACAAUCCCGGCCUCCGUCCCCUCGGGCGAAUAUCUGCUUCGCGUGGAGCAGAUCGCCCUGCAUUUAGCAAUGAAAAGCAAUGGCGCUCAAUUCUAUUUGGCUUGUUCGCAAAUCAGGAUCACAGGUGGGGGAAAUGGGACACCAGGCCCGCUAGUGAGUCUGCCUGGUGCUUAUAAGAGCAGUGAUCCGGGGAUCUUAGUCGAUUUAGGUAAGAUCAAGGUGGAGGAGUAUAAGCCUCCGGGGCCGGCGGUUUGGUCAGGAUGACACCUAGGAGUUGUAGAGGUGAG